GUGAAGUAUUAGCACGAGCCGCUUUAGCUGCGCUAUCUAGUUCCGUCAAGGAGUUGGCGAGAUUUUGGCUCUCCCUUCGAAACAUCGACGAGGAUUGUGCCAGACGGACAUUUGUCAGAGAAGCCCGCUAACCUGAACUCGACUAGAAGGCGCUCUCUGACAAUGUCUUCAUCAAACGGCCUUUUACCGGCUGCAAAAAAGGAAGAGAAGGGGCGAAAUAUCCAAGUCGUUGUGCGAUGCAGACCUUUCAACACGGUGGAAUGCAAGUCCGGCUCGCAUGGCGUCGUCGAGUGUGACCAGCAGAGAAAAGAGGUGUCGGUACGCACCGGCGGAGUCAGUGACAAGACCUCUAAAAAAACCUACACCUUUGACAUGGUGUUCGGUCAGUCUGCGAAACAAAUAGAGGUGUACAGGAGUGUGGUAUGCCCCAUUUUAGAUGAGGUUAUUAUGGGAUAUAACUGCACAAUUUUUGCCUACGGACAGACAGGGACAGGGAAGACGUUCACGAUGGAGGGAGAGCGAACCCCCAAUGAGGAAUUUACCUGGGAGGAGGAUCCCCUGGCCGGCAUCAUCCCUCGUACGCUCCACCAGAUCUUCGAGAAGCUUACCAGUAAUGGCACAGAGUUCUCGGUGAAGGUCUCCCUGCUGGAGAUCUAUAACGAAGAGCUGUUUGACCUCCUCAGCCCCACGCCUGAUGUCACAGAGCGGCUGCAGCUGUUUGAUGACCCCAGGAACAAGAGAGGUGUAAUCGUCAAGGGACUGGAAGACAUCAUGGUGCAUAACAAGAACGAUGUGUAUCAGAUCCUGGAGAGAGGUGCUGCUAAGAGGAAGACUGCCUCUACACUGAUGAACGCCUACUCCAGCCGAUCCCACUCCGUGUUCUCGGUCACAAUUCACAUGAAGGAGGUCACACUGGACGGAGAGGAGCUGGUGAAGAUCGGCAAACUCAACCUGGUGGAUCUGGCGGGCAGUGAGAACAUCGGCCGCUCGGGGGCGGUGGACAAGCGUGCGCGCGAGGCUGGUAACAUCAACCAGUCUCUGCUCACCCUAGGCCGGGUCAUCACGGCGCUGGUGGAGCGGCGUCCUCACGUGCCCUACCGCGAGUCCAAGCUCACCCGCAUUCUUCAGGACUCCCUGGGAGGGCGUACCAAAACUUCAAUUAUCGCCACCGUUUCCCCGGCCUCCAUCAACCUGGAGGAGACCCUCAGCACACUGGACUAUGCUAACAGAGCAAAGAACAUUAUGAACAAGCCUGAGGUGAACCAGAAACUCACCAAGAGGACUCUGAUCAAGGAAUACACAGAGGAGAUUGAACGUCUGAAAAGAGACUUGGCUGCCACUCGUGAUAAGCAUGGCAUAUACAUCACCCCUGAGAACUUUGAGAGCAUGAACAUCAAGCUGGUGAGUCAGGAGGAGCAGAUUGCAGAGUACACGGAGCGGAUCGCUGCUGUAGAGGACGAACUCAAGCGGAUGCUGGAGCUGUUCUCAGACAGUAAGCAGAGGCUAGACCAGUGUACUGGAGAGCUACAGGAGAAGAACCAGCUAUUGGAAGAGGCUCACAAGGACCUAAGUGAGACCAGGCAGAGGCUGAGCCAGGAGGCAUUCAUCACCGCUCAGCUACAGACCAGAGAGUGCAAACUGUACAGCAUGGCCGACCAGCUGCUGAGCACGGCGGAGGCCAGCGCGGCAGACGUGGGUGGCCUUCAUGCCAAGCUGCAGCGGGUGCGAGUAGUGGAGGAGAACAACAGCGCAGCCCAGUGGAGCUUCGCCCGCCGCAUGGAGCAGAGCUGCAGCAGCAUGCAGACCGCACUGCAGGAGCAGAGCACCCGGCACGUUGCCAUGUUGGACCAGUACCGCCACGGCACUGCGGAGCUGCUGGAGGGGACGGGCCGUGUGUGUGAGCAGGCCCUGGAGUCCGUGCUCAGCUCCUGCAGCGUUCUGCGGGAGGCAGUUGGGGAAGGGCUGGAUGGCUGUAAGAGCAGCCUGCUGCAGCAGGAGGCCCUCACGCCGGAGAGCCGGGACGCCGUCCUCCAACUGCUGGACCAGCACAAGCUUCACCUGGAGGAUGUUGUUCUGGUCCAGGCUCUGCCUGCCAUCAGGGCCGUCACUAAACUGAACGACAACCUGAAACGGACGCUCCACAAAUACAGCGCGCUGGCCGAAAAGUUGGAGGGGCUGAAGGUGGAGAUGGCCACGUUUUUCACUGGCAAUGUGGCAGCACUGGCAAGCAUAAGGGAGACGGCUGUGCAGGGCUUCACUGCCCUCGAGGCCGAACACGACGCAUUCAAAGAACAAAUUGGACAGACCGGCCACAAACACCAGGCGCGGGUUGCUCAGCUCCUCCAGUGUAUGCAGGACCAGAUGAAGCUCCUGGCUCUCGACACCCAUACUGACUUGAAAGGCCUCAGAGAGGCCUCAGAAGCGCAGCGACCUGCAAUGGAGAGUCUGAAACGCUCACUAGAGGGUAAAUGUGAGACGUCUGAGACAGGGGUGUCGCUGGUCAGUGCUCACCUGUGCUCCGAAGUGGACAGUGUGGCUUCGGCGAUGAACGCAGUGACACCGGAGUGCCACGUGGCGCUGGAGGAGGGUGCUCUUUCCUGCGACCUCCUGCACUCCUCUCUGGACUCGCUGGCCAACUCGGGCCUCCAGUGGUACCACACAGCCAGGGACUUGACUGAGAAGCACUCCCAGGAACAGCUUGACCUUGUCAGGGAGGUCAAGGCUGCUCAGCAAGACUUGCUGGAGCACAUGGAGGAGCGCGCGCAGGCUGUAACGGAAGCCAGCCGAGCCCGUAUCACUGCAGUGCAGCAGGAUCUUUGUGGGGUCCUGAGGGGCAUGGAAUUGCAAACAGGUGAAGACCAGGUCACCCUGCAGCAGCACAGAGAGGAGCUGUCUGCCCUCGCCACUCGGACGCUGGAUGCAGUCACCAGCUUCCUCAGCACUGAACUGCAGCAGGACCUGCCCACAGGCACCACGCCACAACGCAAGGAGUACAUGUUCCCUCGUACACUGGACCCGCUGCGGAGCAGGGCCGAGCUGGAGGAGGAGUUUAGAACUCAGCAGGAGCAGCUAAUGAGCAUGCUCGGUCACUGUGAACCCCUCGUGGAGCAGGAACAGGAGAAAGUCGUCGACCAGGACUCCUUGGAGGACGAUGUCAGUGGCUCCAGCCAAAGUAACUCGGCGGAGCCGUCCAUAGUGGACGAGAACCUGACGUGCGAGGAAGGAAGGGUUCCCUUCUUUAAGAAAAAGACCAAGAAGAACCAGCCCAAUCCUUCCCUGAACCGCUCCAAGGUGUCAGACAGCCUUUUGACACCCUCUCGAGCCAGAUUACCCCUCCGCACUCAGAACGAGUGACCGCUGCCUGGCCGCCUUUUUUACUGCAUUAUAUUUUUAUCUUGAAUUUAAAUUUAUUUUUUCCCCCCUAUGUCAUCAGUUAUUGUUUAGGCUUCAUUUUACCAGUUUUGUUGUUCACUUGGUUGAGAUGGGUGUUGAGUCAUUUUUUACUUGUCAUUUAAGAAUAUUGGUUUUUGUUUUCUUGCUUUGUCACCCUCUGUCUAUUGUAUGUUAAUAAAGCCUCAUUCUGAAACGGGCGAUUCUGCCGCCA